AUAAGCCGCAUUUCCAUCUGCGUUCUGCAUGCUGCGGCGUACGGUCUGCUAUUUUCACCGCAUACACGCUUGAAGCGAGGACCCGCAAAGACCUUGUGGGACUUUUUCAUCUUUUCUCCUUAGAUUUCCCUUUGAUUCAUCGUCACAAUGACGAAAGGAACCAGCAGUUUCGGUAAGCGACAUAACAAGACCCACACGAUCUGCAGACGAUGCGGAAAGUCGUCCUACCACAUCCAGAAACACCUGUGCGCUAGCUGCGGAUACCCCCAUGUCAGAAUAAGGAGUUAUAAUUGGUCCGUGAAAGCCAAGCGUCGACGCACCACUGGCACGGGCCGCAUUUCCCAUUUGCGAUCCGUUUACCGACGAUUCAAGAAUGGUUUCCGUGAAGGACUGCCCGAUCUGGAGAAACGCAAGGCCAAGGCUGUGAAACGCCAGGAUAAGGCUGCUGUUAAAGCAUAAGAACUUUUCGAUGUUCUUUUUAUCCUUUAUAUGCGUCAGUGGCUUUUCAUCCAGAUGGAAAACAUGCGGUGAUGUUUGUCGGAAUACGAAAAAGGCAUUAAAACCAGGUUCUUGGA